AUGAACCCUCCAAAUCUUCCUUUUAGACCUCCUUAUGCGCCGUAUUUAGCAGCGCCACACGUAUUGCGAGGUUUCGCGCCUAUCCAGCAGCAGCAACAACAGAGGCAAAGCUUUAAUCAGCCAAGCUUGACGCCUAAUUCUAAUCCGAGGCAAAAUUCGUUCCCCUACGCAGGUCCUUCUCCCGUGACAGCUGCACAAGCUCAUCCAAUCAAUAACAACAGCAGUAAUCAAUCGCAGUUGCUCAAUGUCGGCGUGAUACCUAGCCAGUCAGAACCUAGGCUCGAUCCAAAUGAUUUCCCCGCUUUAGGUGCUCCUACUCAACAAAGUCAGCAGCAGCAAAAUCAUUAUUCCCAGCCUACAGCUCCCUCGGCUCUAAAUCAGGAUGAAUUUCCUGCUCUUUCUUCUGAUCAGAGUAGUCUAAACGGUGUACAGCCUAAAUCCAGUGAAUCUAUACGACAGCCAUACUUCCCUUCCAACACUUCGAGGACACCCGCACCUGCAUCUGCUUCAAACGCAGCUUCACAGAGGGACAAAAGAAAUUUCAUGUUCGAAAUGACCGCUGCACAAAAUCCAAACGCCCAACAACCCAAUCUACCUAUGGCUCAGACCCCGGCUCAGCAAGUGCUAGUAUCGCCUGCUGACAGGUUUGGAUUGUUAGGAUUGUUGAACAUAAUAAGAAUGUCGUCGUCUGAUAUGGGAAUGCUGGCUUUGGGAUCUGAUUUGACAAAUCUUGGACUGGAUUUGAGCUCUCCGACAAUGCUUAACUCGACGUUCGUGUCACCAUUUUCCGACAACAAUGCCAGAGAUGCAGCUACACUAGAACCAGAGUUCACACUACCUGCUUGUUACAACGUCCAACCACCACCACCAGCAUUCACCAAGGUCGCAGAAUUCCACGACGAAACCCUCUUCUACAUAUUCUACACUCACGCAAAGGAUGUAAUGCAGCAAGUAGCAGCAAUUGAAUUAUUCAACAGAAACUGGAGAUAUCACAAGGAUUUAGGACUUUGGUUGACUAAAGAAUCCGGAUCUGAGCCAGUGCAGAAGACACCAAUGCUUGAACGUGGUAGCUAUAUCUUCUUCGAUCCAAAGAGCUGGGAGAAGAUAAAGCCUGGUGGUAAAGUGAGCAGUAACCUCUCCAACGAAUCUGCUUCAGCGGCUCCGGUAGCGCCUAGCACAGUGCAACCUCCAUCGAUCGCAGCAAACUAA